GGGCAGAUUAGAGCAUUUAGAAUAUAUUAACUUUUGACAGCUCUUGCUAUAUACCACAGCCCAAGGCGAAUCUCCACAGCCUCACCAUUCUGGUUAGCCAGUAAAAUGUCACAAACCAAUCUAGAUCGCAAACUCAAACAUUUAUUUGAUGGAACUGAUUGGAAUGUUUACGACGACCUCAUCCUAAAUUUAGGUGUAGGAGCUCCAGGUCCAGAUUUGUUAGAAAAUUGCUGUGAUAUAUUUCAAGAAGCCACGAAGCAUCGUUUGAAUUAUGAAAAGGAAAAUUUAUCUUAUCUCUUCCAAUACGGACCAACUAGUGGGCCAGUCGAAGUGCGAAAUGCUAUCUCUGAGUACUUCAGCACUCAAUACAUUGAUAAUCCCGUGAAAAGCGAGGAUCUCAUAAUUACAACCGGUGCAUCACAGGGACUGCAUUUUGUCUUAUCUACUCUGGUCGAUUUAAAUGGUAUAGUUUUCGUUGAUGAAGUAACUUAUAUGAUUGCACUUGACGCUAUUAAACAAUUUACAACGAUCACUAUAAUACCAUUACGACUUAACAACGAUGGUGUAAGCGUGAAGGAAUUUGAGCAAAUUUUACAGAAAAAACGUUUUCAAUCGAAUUCCAAAACCUUUUGGGCAAUGUACUAUACAAUUCCCGCCUAUCAUAAUCCGACAGGGAUUUUGUUUUCGGAAGCUAUUUGCCAAAAUCUUGCUGAACUGGCCCAAAAAUAUGACUUCUUAAUACUUUGUGAUGACGUUUACAAUAUCCUAAAUUACACAAUAGCACGACCACCCAAACGAUUGUUUGCCUACGAUAAAGGAUCUGGAAAUAUAAUUUCGAAUGGAAGUUUCUCAAAAAUAAUUGGACCAGGCCUACGUAUGGGUUGGUUGGAGGUACCUGCACGUUUGAAACCUAUUUUGGAAAUGUCUGGUAUCUUGAAUAGUGGCGGUUGUUUUAACAAUUAUACUUCUGGUAUAUUGGCCAGCCUCUUCGAACUGAAAUUGGCUCAAGUACACAUUGAUAAAGUAUCACAUGCGUACAAAGAGCGUAUGUUAGCUACUUGCGAGGUUCUUGAACGCCAUUUACCCCCAAGUUGUAAUUGGACAAGACCAUCAGGUGGAUAUUUUAUUUGGAUUUCAUUACCCCCAUUGGCGGACGCCGCCAAAUUUUUACAAUACUGUGUGAAAGAUGAGAAAGUAUUCUUUAUACCAGGAUCGCGUUUUGCGUAUGAACCGACAGUAGCGAAAAAUUGCCUACGUUUAAGUAUCGCUUUUCACAGCAAGGAAAAAUUGGCUGACGGGGCGUUGCGUUUCUGUGCAUCAUUAAAACGUUUUCUAGAAGAAGAGCUAAAAUAAAAAGAAACUUAUAUGUUUUUUAAUAUGACAGUGCGUAAAUAUAUUUUAUAAAGUGUCCAAUAUUGACAAUGUCAUGAUG